AUGACGAGUAUAAUCGACGCGGCGUUGCCGUACAAGUCACCGGAGAAAGUAAGUUCGUCUUCUUCAAUCGAAAACUAUUCGAAUCCUGUAGAUGCUGUUAUCUUCGCCGGAAUUUCGCUUGUUCUCGGCACAGCUUGCAGACAUUUGUUUAACGGCACUAGAGUUCCGUACACCGUCCUUCUCCUCCUCAUCGGCAUUGUUCUCGGAUCCCUAGGGAAUGGUAUUAACCUUGAUCUACUUUUGGCUGUUUUUCUCCCUGCUCUUCUUUUCGAGAGCUCAUUCUCCAUGGAUGUGCACCAGAUCAAGCUCACUUUUCCAUAUAACUGGGACUGGAAAACAUCACUGUUGCUUGGAGGACUUUUAGGAGCUACUGACCCUGUGGCUGUUGUUGCUCUGCUAAAGGAGCUUGGUGCUAGUAAGAAGCUCACCACUAUAAUUGACGGAGAAUCUGUGAUGAACGAUGGGGUAUCAGUUGUGGUCUUUCAGUUAUUCUUCAAGAUGGUAAUGAGGCAUAGCUCUGAUUGGGGUUCCAUAAUCAAAUUUCUUGCUCAAAACUCAUUUGGAGCUGUAGGCAUUGGUCUAGCUUUUGGCAUUGCAUCAGUUCUUUGGCUUAGAUUCGUAUUCAACGACACGGUGGUUCAGAUCACUGUAACGCUUUCAGUGAGCUAUUUCGCAUAUUACACUGCUCAAGAGUGGGCUGGGGUUUCUGGAAUUUUGACUGUGAUGACACUGGUGAUGUUUUUCGUUGCAUUUGCAAGGACAGCAUUUAAGGCUGACAGUCACCAGAGUUUGCAUCACUUCUGGGAAAUGGUCGCUUAUAUUGCAAAUACGUUAGUUUUUGUACUGAGUGGUGUUAUUAUUGAUCAGAAAAUAUCUUAUGAAGGAAACUCGUGGGGAUUUCUUUUCCUCUUAUACUUGUAUGUCCAAAUUUCCCGCUUUGUUGUGGUUGGAGUUUUGUACCCAUUGCUACGGCUUGGAUUGGAAGGAAUCCAUCAUACUCACGUGGUCUGGAUUAAGGGGUGCUGUGUCCCUAUCACUCGCUCUAUCUGUAAAACAAUCAAGUGGCAAUUCGUAUCUCAGUUCAGAGACGGGAACAAGGUUCCUGUUCUUCACGGGUGGGAUUGUUUUCCUAACUUUGGAUCCACUACCCAAUUACUUUUGCACCUUCUUCGCAUGGACGCUUUAACGGCCACCAAGAAACGAAUAUUGGAGUAUACAAAGUGUGGAAUGAUGAAGACCGCCUUAAAAGCUUUUGAAAAUCUAGGAGAUGACGAGGAGCUUGGAUCUGCUGACUGGCGUACAGUUAAAACACAUAUAUCAAGCUUGAAAGAUUUAGACGGGAGACAUGUUAAUCUUCACAAUGGAUACGAAGCUAGCAAUGUUGACCCUACGAAUAUAAUGGACAUACGUAUACGCUUCUCAAAUGCUAUUGAUUCGAGACUCUUGCAUGUACUAGGUGUCCAGGCAGCUUACUGGGAGAUGCUUGAUGAUGGUAGAAUAACACAAAGUACUGCGAAUGUUUUGAUGCAAUCAGUAGAUGAGGCCCUCGACCUGGUUUCUACCAAUUCGUUAUGCGACUGGAGAGGUUUAAAACCCUGUGUUGAUUUUCCAAAUUACUACAAGUUUCUUGGAUCACAACUUAUCCCCGACAAGUUGGUUACAUAUUUAAUCAAUGAAAAACUGGAAUCUGCUUGUUACAUUUCGUCUGCUUUUCUCCGUGCCCAUAGGAUUGCGCGACAGCAAUUGCAUGACUUUCUAGGGAACAGUGACAUUGCUUCUACCGUAACCAAUGAAAGCGAGGUGGAAGGAGAAGAAGCAAAACAGUUCUUGAAAGAUGUCCGUGAUUCGUUUCCUCAGGUUUUGAGUGUUUUGAAAACAAGACAAGUAACACAUUAUGUGCUGAAUCAUCUAAAUGGUUAUAUCAAGAACCUUGAGAAGGUUGGUCUGUUAGAUGGAAAAGAAGUGUCUCAUCUUCAUGAUCUUGUCCAGUCUGACUUGAAGAAGCUUCUCAGAAAUCGUCCUUUACAAAAACUUCCAAAUGUAAACGAUUUUACCAUCACCGCUCCUUUAUUGAGAUCUCUAUGA